AUGCGGGGCUGGGAGAGGUGGAAUCGGAGAUGGUCAAGGUGGAAUCGGAGGAUCGGAGCUGAUAAAUGUCGAAACGGAGCUGGUGGAGAUCGAAUCGGAGCUGGUGGAGGUCGAAUCGGAGCUGAUAGAUGUCGAAACGGAGCUGGUGAAGGUCGAAUUGGAGCUGGUGGAGGUGGGAUCGGAGCUGGUAGAGGUGAAAUCGGAGCUGGUGGAGAUCGAAUCGGAGCUGGUGGAGGUCGAAUCGGAGCUGAUAGAUGUCGAAACGGAGCUGGUGAAGGUCGAAUUGGAGCUGGUGGAGGUGGGAUCGGAGCUGGUAGAGGUGAAAUCGGAGCUGGUGGAGAUCGAAUCGGAGCUGGUGGAGGUCGAAUCGGAGCUGAUAGAUGUCGAAACGGAGCUGGUGAAGGUCGAAUUGGAGCUGGUGGAGAGCCAAGUGUUACUUGUCUGUUUAUGGUAGAUUUGCAGUCAUGGGGAAUUACCACAGCAGCGAUGGCCACCUACACAAAAUAUUGGAAUUUUGCAAUGCUAGUCGCUUCCAAAUUAAAUGACUCAACUUUGUUUACUGGUUAUCCUGAUUCGUUUGGUUAUGCCAGUAUGUUGAACGAUCACAGUGGAUAUCCAGUACUCAGUUACACCGAUUUCAAGAAUACUCCAAUCCCAGUUGAAAAUUUAGAUGACGGUAUUGACUUAGACCUCAAAGAUGUUGAUUCAACUCUGACUCAAGCUUCAUGGAGGCCUCCAACCGAAAGCCAAACAUGUUUGAUUUUCUUUUCUGUUGCACCCGAAGUGGAAUAUGGGGGAACUACCAUCAAACCCACUUAUGCCAAUUUCGCGACUGUUGUUGGCGUUCUUCUUGGAGGUGCCCCAUCCAUUCCUGGAUUAACUGAUCCAGUCAUUGUCAAUUCUUUAUCAAACUCUGACGCUCAAUCGGUCGUCCAGAAACUGUUGGAUAGUUUACCAUGA